AUGGAUUAGACUAACAAUAAAUUUUUAAAAACUUGCAAUAAGCAUUCUCAAAACUAAAUUACCUUUCUUAAGGUUAUUAGUGAUUAAAGAGAUUCUUCAAUAUUUUAUUGCAUAGAUUGCGUCAAUGAAGAUUUAAGCUUUAAAGGAAUAGAUCAUGUAUUGAUCCCCUAGAUUAUUUCAUAAUCUGAAAAAAAUAUCAUUUAAAAAUGGCCUCCUGUUAUUGAUUACUCAAUACUAGAAAAAUUAGGCAAUGAGAUAUCAAAUGAGAAUUCUUCAAUUUCAGCUAUUCAAUAAAUUAACAAUUUUUUUGAAGAGCUAAAAGUUGAAAUUACUAAGAAAAUUGACUUCUGCUAAAAAAAAAUGAUCAAUUAGGCACUCGAUCUACCUUUAGGAAAAGAAUAAAUCCUCAACAAGUACAAAGAAAUUUCACAAAUAGAAACUUUAAAAUAAAUACUAGGCAGCUAUUAAGAUUAAUUUGAAAGUUAGGAAAUAAAAUUCAGAGCUUUUUUAUCUGAAAUUAUAUCCAAAAAAGAAGAGAAUACUCAGCAACUUCAAAAUCUACUUGAAUAGUGCCAGAGAAAAAAAUAGUUAAUUAACUUUGAAUAGUAUAUGCCUAUUAAAUAAUCAAUAUAUACUUUAAUAGAUUCAAUUAAUUUCUUUCCAAACGAUCCCAAUUAAUUUAAUUAAAGCAAUACCAAUCCUCUUAAUAAUCAAAGACAUAGUAACACAUAAAAAAUAAUUGAAUUAAUUUCUAAUAAAUCUAAUUUUUGUUCUUAAGAAUUUUUGGAACAAUUGAGAAGUGAUUAUUUAAAUUGCAUUUCUAGUAAUAUACUAGAAAAAGACAAAAAAUACAUUUUGAGAAUUCAAUUAGAAGUUACCAGUCAAGAUGAACAUUAUUUCUAUAUUGGUUUGAUGUAAAAAUCUUAAUCAGAUUUAAUUUAAGGAUAUUAGCAAAAGCUUUCAUGUAGCAUUAAAAAAAUAAGAGGAGAAUUUUAGCAUAUUAAUGGAUAGGGAAUUGAUUAGUAUAAGAAAGGAAAUAAACUAGUUUAUUAUGAUGAUUUUAAAUUAAUGUUAGAAUUACGCGUAUGGUUAGGAGGUUACGUAUUGUAGAUUUUAGACUAUCCUAAAUAUGAGUAUUAGUUAGAGCUAGAAGAUAAAUUCAAAAUUAAGUUGACUGAAUACGAUGAUCUUUGUUUAUAUUUAUAUUUAUUUUCAGAAAACAGAAAAUAUAUUAUUAAAGAAGCUUUAUAAGUAGAGGAGUUUGAUUUUUGA